CUCGUCAUCAGGGUGUUGGAAAUGCUUACUUACUAUGUUCUCAAAGCAAUGAAAUUAAUUAAGAAUACAAAGAUUCAAACCGCAAGAGGACCGAACGUUUCGAUUGUUAUGGAAACUGCAGAAGCAAAAAUAAUGCUUCAUCAUAGUAUGAUGUAUGAUAAGCCCAAUGAAGUCACAGUGCCAUCCGAAAUUAAACAAACAAUAAAAGAAAAUUUGGAAAUGAGCCCUGUAUACUUACAAAUAUACCUUCGCAAGAG